AUGUUCAUCGGCCUGAACGAGGAAUGGCGACUCCUUCAACUGCUGAUCUUGGUGCGGAUUACUAAGGUCAAGAGGGGCCUGAUUUUCAUCGAGAACCAUUUGGCUGCCCGUGGAAAUAUCAAGUUGGUGCUCUACUUGACGAUCUUCCGGUGCAUCGUUCAGAUCCUGGCAGUGAACCAUGUCCUUACCUGUUUCUUCUUCUGGCUAGGGACAUGGGAAGCAAGAAACGCUGAGCCUAAUUGGAUCCAGACAUACAACAUUGGAGACGAUAGCUAUAGCCUUGGUUUUCAGUAUUUCUUGACCUUCAAUUGGGUGAUCGCACAGUAUACACCUGCUCCUUUCCCUUUGCAACCUCAAAAUUUUCGGGAGCAAGUCUUCGUGGUGGGCAUCAUUCUUACUUGCUUGCCAUUGCUCGGAUCAGAGAUUGGGAAGGUGAGUGGUACCGUGAAUCUGCUCAAUGAGAAGGCUCGGGAGCGGGACACGCUGCGACGCGAUCUUCAGAGAUGGCUUCGCAAGACUGAGGCAGCAGAGGUCUUGUCUAGACGGAUCUUGGCAUCGCUCAACGAUGUUCUAACAUCCAAGGAUUCCCCGCUCGACGUGAAGGAGCCGAUGGCGCUGAAGUUUCUGCCCAGCACUCUGCUGGAAGAGCUACGGAUCCUGAAAAUGAGUGAAAAACUCUCGAGCCAUCACCUUUUCAACAUGUUGAUGGACCCGAAGUUGGGGAUCUCUGGCGAUUUGAGCUCGAUCUUCAAAGUGAAGCAUGUAGUUCAAGGGGAGAGUGCUUUUCAAGCAGGAGAGCGUGCAGAAGGCCUUUGCAUCACCCAGAGCGGUGCUUUUCACCUACACCAGCCUCCGAAUGGAAAAUCGGCCACGUCGAGAGGCACUCAGCCUCAAUCCCAAGCCCUGGUGAAGUUGGCGAGCCGAAAAUCGGCACAGCACUUUUCCGUGAAAGCAGGUGAAGAGCUGAAGGAUUUGGGUGGGCUGCAACUCUUGAACAACGUUUGGAUUGCUGAAGCCUGCCUUUAUUGUGGCAUGUCCCAUUCCUGCUGCCUCACUGCCAGGACCUACUCCAAAGUGCUUUCCGUCGCAGUGCCGGACUUCGUCGCGGUCAUCAUGCAGUUUCCAGCCUCGGUGGUGGCGGUGCAUGAAUACGCGGUCUACAUCAUACGUUGGCUCACGGAGAACCGUGGUGAGAUUUGGGAAAUCACGGACGAUGAAGUCAUUGCAGAAGGAGUGCAGCGCACGCAGCUCUUGGACUUGCUGGUGCCGGGCACCGGGCGCAUCCAUCGCUUCAAGUCGUCGACGCAGACGGACUUCUCGGACAUGAUACUGUGUCUCACCCGGCAGGGGCAAAGCAACAAGGAGAUCAUUGAGGAGAUUAAGUUCUAUAUGCCAGAGCUCAGAGCCGAUGGUCUUUAUGGAAACCUGGGAUGUGAUGAUGAAAAGCAACGGGCCUUUCUUUCAGUGCUGAGUGCGGUUUGGCUGGUCAAGGGUGACUACACCAGUAUGGUCGAAUGCCAAAAGCCAGGGGCGCGCUUGCGCAUGCAAACCUUCAACUUGAUCAGAGAGAAUUUAUGCAUUAGGGAGAUGACCACCAGCCAGAUCACAGUAGCAAUCUUGAUUUUGGCCAUCCGUGGUUUGAGCAAAACUGAUGAUGUGGCACGGCUGUGCCCCCCUUCUGAACGUCGUAGGCCUGAAGACGUUCUCUACUAUGCCGUCAGUAACUUGGAUCCGUACCUGCCUUCAAUAGCUUCGAUCAAGGGCGAAGUCUUCGACAUGAUGAUUUGCACCGUUCGCAUGCUGGGCGAAUUCAACUUCGCCCAGCUGCUUCAAGGAGAGAACAACCCUCAUUCAGUUUGGCAGCUGCAGAGUGCUCGCAAGGAAGAAGGGCAAGAAGUCUUUUCAAUUUUCCUCUUAGUGCACGUGUGCAUCUUAUGCGGCGUCACUGGAGCAGUCACCUUGGAUGGCUCAUUGUUUCUCACUGAAUUGAAUGGGCGCUCUGUGUUGAAGGGCCUGGCCUGCUUGCAGGAUCUCUCCAACAAAGAGCCGCCAAAUAUCUACUGGCAUUACAUCGCGGUGCGCGCCGAAGCACUGCAGCUCAAAGUGCAAGAGGCCAGCCAUUUGGUUUUGGCCCGCUUGGCUUGCUUAACACGCACCGUGGACACCGAGUCAUUGAAACAACUCAAUAAUGAUUGGAACGCCUUAUCCGAUUCCGAGCAGAAUGCCCUCCAGGAGAUUUUCUUGCUGGAUGGACAUACGCACAAGGCCUUUAUGUUCAUGUACUUGCCGCUGUUCUUGACGAAUGCCAUGGGGAACAAGGGUCUUGGACUACGAGCAGGGUUGCAAGGGUUAGUUGAGCUCUACAACAAGUUGCUCAAACACCAAUGCCUCAAAGAGGAUGUCUCUACAGUGAAGGUGGAUAUGUCAGCGCUCGCCAACUUGGCGAAGGGCGUUGAUGACUACAAACUCUUGCGGCAAUGCUUGGACCACUCCAGAAUCGUCAAACAUGUACAUGGGGUCACCGUGCUGAUGACCGCAAAGAGCUAUCAAGUGCUGUCGGGGCAGCUGGUGACCGAGAACCGGAGCGUGGACAUGUUGGAGAUGGUGGUGGCUCGGCAGAGGCAACUCGAGGCGGCCAUGAUUCCCAAGGAAGUCCGCCCAUUGCCCCUCCUUCAAGUCAGCGAAGAAGAAGUCGUGGAAGAUAUGUUUUGA